UUGUUGUGUGUGUCAGUUUUGCUUGGAAAGGCAUGAGUCGUAGUUUAGUUUAGUGAGCGGUCGCAGGUACCCAGCCAAAGUUUCCCGGAGCGUAGACGAGCGGGAUUUGUGCGUCGCGUUCAGGGGGUUUUGUUACUGAAAGUGUCAGCAGCCAUGGAUGCGAGGACAAACACACGCGAGGUGGGCGGAGGGUUUGCAGACAAACAUGACUGCCAACAAGAGUUCGAAGGCUGUGCCCCGUGGAGGAGGGGGUAAAGCGCCCAAGGACGUCCCUGACAGGUGCAAGUCCACCUCCCAGUGCCCCGCUCUCUCGGCCAGCCAGGUGCAGGGUCAGCAGCCCCCCCUCAGCGACAGCGAGCCCUCCGGCAAACAGACCAGAUACGUCAGGACCGACGGGAGGUUCCUCCUGCGCUCCGGAUGGGGCGGCAAGACGGCUAGCCUGUGCAGCGGCGCGUCUCUCACAGGCGACGCGGACCCCCAGGGCCGCCUCUCCAAAGCGAAGAGCAUCAGCUGCCUGGAAAACAGGCUCUCCAUCUACAAGCCCCCGGCGCAAGGCCAAUCCUGCCCGGAGGCUCAGGACGUCCAGGAGACAAAAGAGAAACAGGAGGAUCCGCCUGCAGCAAAAGGGCUUAAUGGUAGGCCUCUGAGCUGGAGCACACUCUCCCUGGGACCUUCCUCUAACCAAGGCCACAAGCGCACCCUCUCUCUCACUCACUCCGGAGCAGGCGUCCCCCCCACCACAAUCCGAAAAAAGAUCUCAGAAUGGGAGUGCAAACGGGUUUCUCUGCCUAGGAUGAACUUGUGUGUGGAAAAAAGAGGGGUGGAGUGCGUGGGGGGUAGCGAGGGCUGCCCGAGUUUGCUCUCUUCGCCCUGCAGUGAGAAGACGUUCGACUUUAAGGGAGUGCGCAGGAUGAGCACGGCGUUCUCCGACUGCUCCUUCGCAGCCACAGACGAGGAGGAAGGCGUUUCAGAAAGAGACGGUCUAGGCCGUUUCCAGAAAAGGAAAGGCAAGACAGAGGGUUCGGGAGCUUUCGUCCGCUCCCUGUCUGCUCGUAAAGAGACGUCAGCAGUCCUCAACAGGAUACAAAAGAUUGAGCAAGCCCUCAAGGAGAAUCCCAGCCCUCCCCCUCCACGUUAUCUGAGUAACUGCUAUGCCGCAGACAAGACAAGACAGAGGUCCUUUGUGAUUGGUGACGACUUGGACAGUACAUGCGCCAGUAAGCGCAGCAGCAUUUGCUCAGUGGCCACUGAACCAGACACUGUUUUAGUGCCAGAUAAGCUUUCUAAACUCAGACAAAGAUUUAGUGUGAGCUCCACCAGGUCUGAAAGCCCAGAACCACAGAGCCAGCACACCUCUGUCGGCAUAACAGUCAACCCCUUACCUAAACCCAAACGCACUUUCGAGUACGACGCCAAGCGGGACCAGAAGGGUGGUUUGCCAGCCAAUGGACUACAUCCAGACAGAACUUCAGAGUCUCCCCCGCCUCUGCCGUCCACUCCAGCCCCCAGCAUGUCCCGCACAGCAAAGAGCGAGGGGAGCACCCCCAUGAGAAUCCCGGACAGAGAGUCAUGCGAGUCGGAGGAUGCUGCCAGCUUGCCGUCUUCAUAUCCGUCCUCACCCACAGAAAACGGGGCUCUGACCACAGAAACACAGAGUCAGUCCAACAUCAAGAGCACUCAAGAGGAGAGCGCCUAUGAGGACAUAGAAAAGGAGAAUCCAUAUGAGGAUGUUGACCUAAAGCGGAAGACUUUUGGUCGGAAGUCUGGACUGUUGGAGAGCAGAUCUUGCAGCACUAUGGAGAGGAAGCUUAACUCCCCACCUCAAUUGCCUUCCAAACCCAGCAGCCAAUCUCUUCGUCUUCCUGGUCCGAGCGACAGGAAAAGCCACCGGAUGUCGCAGCUUACGAAGCGCUACAGCCACGAUGAAAUGCUCCCCAUUUUCCACAUCGGCCUGCUGGAUGAUAGCCACUGUAGCACGCUGCCUUCAGACAGGCACUGGAGGAUCCCCAAGCUGGUCCAGAGGAUCAACUCCAUUUACUGCACUAAACGUGGGAAGAAGAGGCUAAAGAAGCUGUCCAUGUCUAAUAUUGAAACAGCAUCUCUCAGAGACGACAACAGUGAGAGCGAGAGCGACUCCGAUGACAGGUUCAAAGCUCACACCCAGAGGUUAUUGAAACUGCAAUCCAUCCUGCGACGAGCCCCGAGCUACCGUACCCUGGAGCUGCAGCUCCUUGAGUGGCAAGAGAGGGAGCUCUUUGAGUAUUUUGUGGUGAUUUCUCUGAAAAAGAAACCCAGCAAGAACUCAUACUCCCCUGAGGUUACCUACCAGUUCCCCAAGUUGGAGAGACCCACCAAACAGAUGAGGGAAGCAGAGCAGCGACUCAAAGCUAUUCCUCAAUUCUGUUUCCCAGAUGCCAAAGACUGGAGUCCUGUGUCCGAGUACGCCAGUGAGACAUUCUCCUUUAUGUUGACCGGGGAGGAUGGCAGCAGGAGGUUUGGGUACUGCAGACGCCUGCUGCCGACUGGGAAAGGACCUCGCCUUCCAGAGGUGUACUGUGUCAUCAGCAGGCUGGGCUGUUUUGACUUGUUCUCCACAAUCCUGGAUGAGGUGGAGAGACGGAGAGGCAUCUCGGCAGCGCUGGUCUAUCCCUUCAUGAGGAGUCUGAUGGAGUCCCCCUUUCCGGCACCAGGGAAGAUUAUCAAAGUAAAGACCUUCCUACCCGGUGAAGGAAAUGAGGUCAUCGAACUGAGGCGGCCCACUGACUCCAGACUGGAGCACGUGGACUUUGACAGCCUCUUCAGAUGCCUGGGCGUGCGGCAGGUGAUCCGCGUUUUUGCCUCGCUGUUGCUGGAGCGCAGAGUCAUCUUUGUGGCUGACAAACUCAGCACCCUGUCCAGCUGCAUGCAUGCAGUGGUGGCAUUGCUCUACCCCUUCUCCUGGCAACACACCUUCAUACCGGUGCUGCCCGGGUCCAUGUUGGAUAUAGUGUGCUGUCCCACCCCCUUCCUGGUCGGGCUACUCUCCAGCUCAUUGCCUAAGCUCAAAGAUCUCCCGGUAGAGGAGGCUUUAAUGGUUGACCUGGGAACUGACCGCUUCAUCCGACAGAUGGAUGACGAGGCCUCUCUGUUGCCGCGGAAACUUCAAGCAGCUCUGGAGCAAGCGCUGGAGCAGAGGAACGACAUCAUCAGCCAGGACUCCGACAGCGAGUCAGAUGAAGAGUACAACUCCUUGAACAGCCUGGUGUCAGAGGCCUUCAUCCGCUUCUUCCUGGAGACCAUCGGACAUUACUCCCUGUUCAUCACUCAGAAUGAGCGGGGGGAGCGCGUUUUCCAAAGAGAGCCUUUCCGCAAAUCUGUGGCGUCAAAGAGCGUCCGCCGUUUCCUGAGUGUCUUCAUGGAGUCUCAGAUGUUUGCCGGGUUCAUUCAAGAUCGGGAGCUGAGGAAAACACGGGCUAAAGGCCUGUUUGAGCAGAGGGUGGAUCAGUAUCUGGAGGAGCUGCCGGACACAGAGCAGAGUGGAGUCAACAAGUUCCUGAAAGGCCUUGGAAGUAAAAUGAAGUUUCUCCACAAGAAGAACUAAGGGGGAAAUCCAACCUACAAGCUUCUGCUUCAAGAUGAUUUCCAUAUUUUUGUCUUUUGUCAAAUAUUUGAAAAAAAAAGAAACAUGUACAUAUUCUUUCACUGUAAGCUGUGAUACUCUUCAGUGUAUGUUUAUAGUACCUUGUGAGAAAGAGAUAGCAGGACGGUACACAGCGAGUCAUAGAAUAACCACUGAUGUCCAGGUGUGCUUGUGCGGAGUGUUAUCAGAGUGUAUGAGUGUAUGUGACUUAAUGUAGAGGUAGAUGUACAGUUCAUAUGUGUUUAUUCUACAUUAUUUUACUACAGUGGUGUCCUCUGUUUAAGGAGUGUAUUCGAAAACUGUACAUGCAUCGAGAUGAUGAAGAAAAUAUGUUUUUACUCUUCAUAGUCGUUGACUUCUGUUAUUAAAUAUAGUCAUGUAAGAGCUUUAAA